AUGAGCAGUCUUUGUUUACAACGUUUACAAGAAGAAAGAAAGAAGUGGAGGAAAGACCAUCCUUUCAGCUUUUUUGCCAAACCUUUGAAGAAGGCUGAUGGUACAAUGGAUCUACAACACUGGGAGGCCGGUAUUCCUGGUAAGGCCGGUACUUUGUGGGCUGAUGCAGUUUAUCCUAUAAGCAUUGAAUACCCUGAUGAAUAUCCAUCAAAACCACCCAAGGUGAAAUUUCCUGCUGGCUUUUAUCAUCCUAAUAUUUACCCAUCAGGCACUGUAUGCUUAAGUAUUUUGAACGAGGACCAAGAUUGGAGACCUGCUAUUACCUUGAAACAGAUUGUUUUGGGUGUGCAAGACUUACUAGACAGUCCAAACCCAAACUCUCCUGCCCAAGAACCUGCUUGGAGGGCUUUUUCUAAAAACAAAGAAGAAUAUCAGAAAAAGGUUGCAUCUCAAGCAAAAGCAUAUGCUAAAUAA